GGUACGCGAGAUGUGUAUAGUCAGUCCGCAGCACCGACAAGAGACAUCGCAGAGUGCGUUAGAGCAACAUCAUGUUCAAACUGAUCCUUCUUCUCGCCACCGUCGCCUACGCGUCCGCCGGCGGUCUUUACUCCGGUUACGGGGGUCUCUACGGCUACGGCGGUUACGGCUACGGUAGCGGCUACGGCGGCUACGGCUUAGGUCAUGGAGUGGCGGCGAUCGCACCUGCGGUCACAUACGCACACGCUCCAGUUGCGACCAGUUACGCCAAUACGUACAAGGUCGCAGUUGCUCCGACCGUCACUAAGCUUGCCGUUGCACCUGCCAUCGCCAAAGUGAUACCAUACACCGCACCUGCUUACACGAAGGUGGCUUAUGCCCCAAGUUACGCGACGCCACCGGUAUAUAGCGUAUCACCAUCGGUCACCUACCUGCACAAUAGUCUGGGCUACGGCCACGGGCUUGGCUAUGGUCUUGGAUCUUAUGGUUACGGGUCUUACGGACUCGGCUACGGCCACGGAUACGGCCACGGAUACGGAUACGGUGGAUACUAUCACUGAUAGCGAGGAGUCAUCCGAAGCGAGGUCUUCGAGGAGUUACCUUUGUCGACGAGUGGACGGCCAUCGGACACACAGCUGGCCGCAAACUUGAUCAUCGGCUAUGUAUACAAUGACGUUUACGAUAUAUAAUAUAUGUGUCUUCAUCUUUUA